ACAUCUGUUAGUGUUUGUGGGAACGCACGUCCGAAUUAGACGACAUAAAGUAAUUUCAAUUUUUUAAUCUGUGCUAAUCGGAUUGAAAUUCUUCGGGAAUAAUUGUGAUUUACUCGAAAAUCUAAAGUUAACACUCCAAUGGCGCCCAAGGCUAAAUCGGUUAGCAUCAAGCCCCAGGCCAAAGCCUUCAAAGACAAGUCCAAACCUACGGAUGUGCGUCUGUCCAACAUCCAGGCGGCUAAGGCUGUUUCCGAUGCCAUCCGCACCAGUCUGGGACCCCGGGGCAUGGACAAGAUGAUUCAGGCUGGCAACGGAGAGGUUUCCAUCACCAAUGACGGUGCCACCAUCCUGAAGCAGAUGAACGUCCUGCACCCAGCCGCCAAGAUGCUGGUGGAGCUCUCCCGCGCUCAGGAUGUGGAAGCCGGGGACGGAACGACCUCCGUGGUGGUCAUCGCCGGUGCCCUGCUGGAAGCGUGCGAGAAGCUGCUGCAGAAGGGCUUGCAUCCCACAGCCAUUUCGGACUCGUUCCAGCGCUGCUCCAACAAGGCCGUCGAGAUCCUCACCCAGAUGUCAACCCCCAUUGAGCUCAAAGAUCGCGAGACCCUGAUCAAGAGCGCCUCCACAUCGCUGAACUCUAAGGUGGUCUCCCAACAGAGCAGCUUGUUGGCCCCCAUUGCAGUUGAUGCUGUGCUUAAGGUAACUGAGCCCGGAAAGGAGACCUCUGUGGACCUCAAAAACAUUAAGGUCAUCUCCAGUCUGGGUGGUACUGUAGAGGACACUGAAUUGGUCGAUGGUCUGGUCUUCACCAGCCGUUCCGCAGGAACCAAUGCGCCAAAGCGCAUCGAGAAAGCCAAGAUUGGUUUGAUUCAGUUCUGCAUCUCAGCUCCCAAAACGGAUAUGGAUCACAAUGUGAUUGUCUCAGAUUAUGCCGCCAUGGAUCGUGUGCUUAAGGAGGAGCGUUCCUACAUCCUCAAUAUUGUCAAGCAGAUCAAGAAGGCAGGCUGCAAUGUCCUCUUGGUCCAGAAGUCUAUCCUGCGAGAUGCCGUCUCAGAUCUGGCUCAGCACUUCCUGGACAAAAUCAAGUGUCUGGUGGUGAAGGACGUGGAGCGCGAAGACAUUGAGUUUGUGUGCAAGACCCUGCACUGCCGGCCCAUUGCCUCGCUGGAUCACUUUACUGCUGAAAAUCUGUCCAGCGCCGAGCUGGUUGAAGAGGUCGCUAGUGGCACCAACAAGUUCGUCAAGAUCACUGGUAUCCAGAACAUGGGACGCACAAUCUCGAUCAUCUGUCGCGGCUCCAACAAACUGGUGUUGGAGGAAGCCGCCCGCUCGUUGCACGAUGCCCUUUGCGUGGUUCGUUGCUUGGUCAAGAAGCGAGCCCAGAUUGUUGGCGGUGGUGCCCCUGAAAUCGAGAUGGCUUUGCAACUGGCCGCCGUUGCCCAGACGGUAGAGGGAGUGGAUGCGUAUUGCUUCCGGGCCUUCGCCGACGCCCUGGAGGUCAUUCCCUCAACGCUGGCUGAGAACGCCGGCCUUAAUCCUAUUGCGACCGUUACAGAGCUGCGCAAUCGUCACGCCCAAGGUGAGAAGACAGCCGGCAUCAAUGUUCGCAAGGGCGCCAUCACAGACAUCCUUGCCGAGAAUGUUGUGCAGCCACUCUUGGUCAGUAUUUCGGCCAUCACCUUGGCCACGGAGACAAUUCGCUCGAUCUUGAAGAUCGAUGAUAUUGUCAACACCUUCAGUUAAGCACUUUGAUCCAGCUCGUUUCACUUUUCUGUCUCCGAAAGAUCAAACUUACGGCAUUUUCAUCUAAUCCCUCACAUAUUUUACACAUGCGCCUGCGCAUCUAAUUUGAAUAAAAUUCAUACUAUACACUA